AUGAUGAACUCAAUUGCAAGCUUUAAAAGUCAUCCUUUGAAUAAAAUUAUCGGCCUUUCGGUAAUCUUAUCAGUGGGGUUUCUAUUAGUGAUACUAGCUGGCAUAUAUGGGAACUGGUUCCCUAUAAUAAUUGGGAUAAUUUUUGCAGUGGCACAUCUACCUAUUGUUAUUACUCAGAGUAUAUCCAACUCAUCCGAUUAUGAUUUCAAUUUCGAUCCAUCGAGCUCGUCUAAUGCCAAUUUGCUUGUUGAGUUUGGCCAAUUCUUAACGGCAUUUUUACUAGUUUCUGGGUUUUAUUUGCCGGUGUUAUUGCAUCACUCGAUGAUUUUGACGAGAACAGCAAGCAUUUUGACAAUUGUUGGCGGUGUUUUGAUAUACGGGACAGUAUACACAUUUAGUCACUACUUUGAUCAACCAGAGGAGGAGGACGGUUUACCUGAUUUGGGAGGAGGGGUUAUUUAA